AUGUACAGAAGUUUCAGCUUUCCGGCAUCUGAGGUUGAGGAUGAAGAGAUUCGACGGCAAAAUAAUUUUAUUUUAAGCAGCUGUUUAACACGAUUAUUGAACGUUUUAGGUUCGAGCAAUGGCAUUGGCCGGGCAACGGCAAUAAUAUUUGCCAGGGAAGGUGCUAAAGUUACCAUUACUGGACGAAAGCCCGAUGCUUUGAGAGUUACUAAAGCAGAAUGCUUAAAAGCCGGCGCCAAAGAGAGUGACAUAUUGGACUUAAUCGGCGAUAUUACUACUGAGGAAGUUCAAGAUCGGCUAAUCAACGAAACGAUCAAGAAGUUUGACAAACUUGAUAUACUUAUAAACAAUCAUGGCGGUGAUAUGAAACAACAGGACGAUGAUGGCAACAUCUUAAUCGGGAAAUACGACAGUUUAAUACAUUUAAAUUCAAAAAGCCCCUUUUAUAUGGCCGUAAAAUCGAUACCGCAUCUGAAAAAGACAAAAGGAUGCAUUGUCAAUGUCGGCAGUGGUGCAUCCAUAAUGCCAACAUGUCCAUUCCCCAUGUAUGCAAUGGCAAAAGCGUCGCUGGAUCAUAUGACUCGUUUGUUGGCAGCUAAAUAUGCGAAAGACGGUAUCCGAGUAAACAGUGUAAAUCCGGGCGGCACAAUCACUGCAUUUAUGGAUAACAUGGGCUACGCCCCUGAAGUGCAGCAAAAAAUGAGGGCAGCAGUUUCUAAGUCUGUAAUUCCAUUCGGUCGGUACGCAGAAGCAGAUGAAAUAGCUAAAUCAAUUGUUUUUUUGGCGGAUAAUGAUAGUUCGAGCUAUACAACUGGGCAGUUACUCUUCGUGGAUGGAGGUAUGACGCUUACUGCUGGUAAUUUGGAUGCAUGUGAAUUUGCAACGUUGCGUCAGCAAACCAGUAAAUAA